UUUGAGGUUAGAAAAGAAGAAAAGAACAUAUUUGAUAAACUAAACUGCAGAUUUUUAUAGGAAUUCAUAAUAUUUUUUACCAAUUUCAAUAAAUUUUGGUCAAAAUGGCAGCAGAAAUCCAAAAGAAAAUGCAAAAGGAACUGGAAGCAUACAAUGGUAUACAAAAAGAAUAUCAGAAGGCAGUCGCUCAAAAGCAACAAUUAGAUAGUCAAUUAAAUGAAAAUAAAGCUGUAAAAGAAGAGCUAACCUUACUAAAGAAAGACUCUGAAGUAUUUAAACUAAUAGGACCUGUAUUAGUAAAACAAGAUUUGGAAGAAGCUAGACAGAAUGUUGCUAAGAGAAUGGAAUACAUCAAUAAAGAAAUCAAGCGGGCAGAUGGACACAUUUCGGCUUUAGAAAAUAAACAAGAAGCAAUUCAGGAAAAUCUGAACAAACUGAAAAUUGAUCUUAGUCAAGUGAAAACAGCUGCAUAGUAACUUAUUGAGAUAAUAUUAAUAUAAGUAUUUAAGACUUUGCUUUGUAUUCAUCAUUGUUUUAUUAACAAAAAAAUCUGCAUUAAUUACUGCUAAAUUACUUUUUACACUGUCUUGGGCAAAAAUCAUACUAAAAUAGAGUAACAUACAGUAGACCCUCGCUAAUCCGGCCACUGGCUAGUCCGGCGCCCCUUGUAAUCCGACAUGCCAAUCAC